GCUAAAUAUGUUCAAAAAACACCGUUCGAAAUCGUCGAAGGCGAUCGCAAACAGCGAGAGUCACCAGAUGGAACCGCCUUCUGCCCCCACAGCGCCACCCGUAUCACCAGUUUCGAAGAACUCCCUGCAAUUUUAUUGCCAAUUAGCCCACGGAAGUCCCACUACAUUCGUGUCGAACUUCAAAAACAUCAAAGAACUGUACGAACGCAUCGGCGAGAGCUUCAACAUACCCGCAUCCGAAAUCCUCUACUGCACCCUAAACUCCUACAAAAUCGACAUGAACAAACUGCUCGGAGGCCAAAUAGGCCUGGAAGACUUCAUCUUCGCCCAUUGCAAAGGCCGCCCGAAGGAGGUGGAACUGACCAAAUCGCAAAACGCCUUGGGGCUCACCAUCACCGACAACGGCGCCGGCUACGCUUUCAUCAAACGAAUCAAAGAAGACUCCAUCAUCCAUCACAUACCACACAUUCAAGUAGGCGACCACAUCGAGAAAUUAGACGGCGUCAGCAUGGUGGGCAAGCGCCACUUCGAAGUGGCCAACGCGCUGAAGAACAUCCCCGUAGACACGACGUUCACCAUAAGAGUGGUGGAGCCGCUGAAGAGCGGCUUCAGCGAGCUGACGCCGAAGCCGAGCAGAGGCGCGGGGAGCAAGAAGGGCUACGGCAGCGGCAGGGAGACGCUCAGGUUCAAGGCGGACGGGAACGCGGAGGUGCAGGAGCAGGACGACGCCAUGGAGGUCGGGGUCGAGAAGAUCAACGGGAUAUUGGAGUCGUUCAUGGGGAUCAACGAUUCGGAGCUGGCGUCGCAGAUAUGGGACCUUUCGGUCGAUAAGAAGAACUCGAUGGACUUUGCCGAGGCGGUGGACGAAUCGGAGUUGGCUGUGUUCGAAUUCACCGAUGAGUUGAUUAUAGAAAUUUGGGGGGUGAUUACGGACGUGCGAGAUAACAGACUGUAGAUUAACUUUUUAUCGGAUUUAUCGGAUUUAUAAGACGAUCGCGAUGUAUGGAGUAAUUUAAUUCGUAAUCUAAUCUACUUUGAAUUUACUACAAUACGACGGUUUAUCCUUGAAUUCGACUGUAUCCGUAUGGGAGAAAAUUUGAUAUACAAGUCACUUGUUACAAUAAAAAAACGAUAAAAGAACUUCACGCGCCAGAUAUAGGAUAUACGAGGGUAUAAUGUGAUAUUUAUUCAAGUAGAUGGUAUGAAAUGUAAAUUCUCUUAUAAUCUACUGAAAGCAAUUGAAAUUCAAAGUUGUUUUUGCUGUUAACCUGAGGAAUGCAAAUCCAUAAAGUAAGAAGCGCAAAUUGACAGCAGGAAAUGACAGUGUUAUUAUAAAAUCUUUUAUUUGUCUUAUAGGUGCUUCAUAUAUUUGUUAUUUAAUGUUUCUGUCGAUUUUGAUAAUAAUUAUUUUAAAUAACAUAUCGAUGAAAGUCUACAAUUUAUUAUUUAUUUCAUUAUAAUUUUAAAAGAAACUUUUAUUGUUAGAGUUAAUAUGGAUUUCCUAAUGGUCUAUCUACCACCCUCAAAUUGUAAUUUCCACAUUUACUGCCAACAUAGCGCAUAAUAAUUACAAUAAUUGAAUAUUUUUAUAAUAAUC